CGCGGUGGCCACACUGUUGACUCCCGCAAUUUGUUUUCUUUUCAUUCAAAUUCGCGUGCAUAUUUUCACAUGGAAAAGUGACUCAAUUCGGCAGGAUGGGCAGCUGCUGGUACCUAGAGCAUGUGACCACUCGGGAUCGCAUUGUCCUGAGUCGGGGGGAGAAUCUGAUAGGUCGCCACUCCAGCUGCAAGAUCAUUAUAAAUCAGCCCUACGACUAUGUGUCCCGGGUGCAUGUGAAGAUGACCGUAAACGAUGCGGGCGUGCUCGUGCAGUCGAUGAACACCAGCAACGGCGUCUUCAUCAAUGAGCAGAAAAUGAAGGACCAGACUACAAGUAAACAAGUCGUGGAGGGCACCAUCAUCAGCCUGGGAGUGGAAGGGCACAUCACUAACGCUCCGCGCAAUUACCCCAUCUUUGUGCUGCGGAAAGUGGUUACCGAAGAGGAGGAUUUGAUAGAACUGUCCUCGGACGACGAUGAUGACACCAUGCCCAUGCAGUAUAGCAUUCCCGAGUUGGCUUCAAUAAAAAAAGAUAUUACUGAACAGGAGAAGCAUCCCAACUUGCACCUGCCGAAGAUUCCCGAUGUAAAACAGGAGCUGGUGAGCAAGACCACCGAGGAGAUAACAAAUAUCUUUGGCGAAGCGGAUGAGGCUAUUCUUGGUGGCGUUAUGGAUAUAAAUCCAUAUCUGUACAACCAGUUGAAUAAAAAAUCUGGAGGCACUGCCUCAACGAGCGCUAAAAUCCACGACGGCGACGUAAUAGAACUGGAUACGGAGCCUGAUAAGACGGUGAUGCAGCCACCGCCUCCACCGGAAGACGAGUACGACGAGCAGUUUGCUAUUUCACAAGCUGUACUGCAGGGAAUCAAAUCUGAAAUGGCAUUCAGCGAUGGCGAGGAAGACUUUCUAUCGUCCAAUGUCAUGGGGGGCGAAUCACUUUCGCCUUCGUCCCAAGUAAACUACGAUGACAUUAUCAUUAUCAGCGAGAGCGACGACGAUGAGCUGUACGACAAAGUGGCCGACUGGUCAAACAAGCUGCUCAGCCAAAAGGCUCCAGAUCCCAUUAAGACGACGCAAGUAAACCCGCUGAUUGAAGACGUGGGCUCGGAUCAGGAAGCCGACUCGCGUUUUGGAAUGAAGAAACCACCAAGGUCACUCUUAAUCGAUAGCUCUAGUGAGGACGAAGACAACGACGUGAUUCUCUGGAAUGCGGACAGUACAACACGAAGCCCCUCACAUUUACACCCCCCCAAGACCUUUGCUAGAGAGGAAGACUACACCGACGAUGCUAAGUUGUUCUCGCGUCGCCAGAGGACUGUUUCAGAUACAGAUCAGAAAAAUGGGAUUCCAGAUAGUACUUCUGGAUCCAAUGAAAUAUCAGGGACUCAUAAUUCCUCACUUCCAAAGCCCAUUACCCCGAAGGAGUGCCAAAAAGAGACGUUAGGUGACAAAUUAGAGACGUCUAAGCGGCUACCUAGUGCCCGGCUGCGCAACAGAUCUAAAUCCUGCUAUAUGGAGCGACCAAUAGACAUUGAUGAAACCUUUGAAAACAAAGAUAUACAAGAAAAUCAGGGCAAAGAUGUAGGAAAUUCCUGCGAAGAUUUGCCGGUAACUAUGCACGCUCCUGAGGAAAGAGAGAAAACCCCAAUUAAAAAAGCCAAGCCAAGGACAAAACGCAAGGAAAUCAACUCCACUGAGGAGGGCGAAGAAAUCACUCAGGAGCCUAAAGAGAAUGGGAGAAGGACCUCCCCAAGAAAGAAAUACCAAAACAAACCUACUGCUACUGCAGCUGAAACUCAGGCCAAAAGUCAAAACACUCGCUUACGAAAUCGUACGCGUUCUUGCUAUAUGGAGAGGCCAAUAGACUUGGAUGAAUCCCUAAGCAGCAAACAAGCCAAUGAAGAUAAACAAGAUAAGCAGAAAGAAUCUCGGACUAGGAAGCGCCACAAAUCAAUCGAAAAAGAUUGUCACGCUUCGAAAGAGAAGCAGAAGACGCCACCAAAGAAUUCCGAGGGGAAUAAGUCCAACAAAACCAACAAUUCCCGUGAAGAAAUUAAAGGGAAAGCUAAGGAAACCAAAAAUAAUAGGAAUAGCGUUACACCAAGGAAAGAGGAUACAGUUGAAAAUGUAACUCCAGUCAAGAAGGGCGUAAGCCCUCGGCUACUAAACCGAUCAAAGUCAUGUUUUAUAGACCAAACGGAUAAUAUUAUUAAGAAUAUUAAGGAUAAUUCGCCAGCCCUUAACGAAGCCCGCGGUCCUGCCAUAAUCGAGGCUCCAUUUAUGUCAAAAAAUCGUAAGCAGAGGGUUAUUGAUCGCCAGCGCUUUGUUGAUUACCAAGCCGAAAUAAACGCCAAGUGGCACCAGAAACCAAAAGAUAAGAAAAAGGAUGACCAAGAGAUCAAGGAGAAACGACGAGAGGCUCUGAAGAAGCUUUCUGAUAAACCCAAAGAUGAGGAGAAUAUCCCCUCCACCUCGAGCGCAAGUAAAAGGAAAUACUGCACCAGUGUGCCCACCAUAAGCAACACAAAUCGCGGUGAAUUCCUUACCAAAGAGAUCGAUAGAGGACCUCCAGCCAAAAUAGCAAAGAAUGUGGAGAAACCCCAACAACGGACACCGCCUGCUAAGAAUCCGAUUCCCCAGCGACGUUCCACCAUCGAAACGGACGAUCUAGAAAAUUAUCCACAGCCCCAUUGUUCUCGUCCUCCGGAGCGAAAAGACGCGCAGGAGGCUAGGAAUCAGCGCACAUGCAAUCGUGUCAACUUCGCUGAUAUGGAACGUUACCGCCAACGAGCCGAAGAUGCUAAGAAAAUGGAAAAGCAGAGAAGGCACGUACGUUUCCGCGAUGGAGAAGACGAAAUUAAGUAUAUCGAUAGGGUCUGUGGAGCCAAUAAGCCGGUGCGGAAAAGCAAGGAUACUUUAAAGAUAUGUCUCAGCACGUAUAUCGAGCGACGCGAAUGGACCCUCAAGGGAAACCAAGUGGUGAACGACAUCCUCCACCACAAGCGGACCAUUCUCACGUGGGCCAAUCAGUGGCUGAAGCAUGGCAGCGUGGACGCUGUAGCUAAAACAGAUGUCUUGAUGCCCAUCCCCUCCGAUUUCGAAAGCCUUCAGCAUUACAGAAAGACUUUCUUACCGUUAAUAAAACUGGAGUUGCUGACCACCAUCGAGAGGGACUACAAGAGCUCGAAGACUACGCUUGAUCUCGAAGUGACGGACGUGCAAUCCGAGAAAGAAUUCUACCGCAUCUUUGUCAAAACCAAAGCCAACCCCAUUGGAAAAUUUGAGCUAUACACCCUUUCUAGUGGCAGCGAAAUGGCGGAGACCUUUGCUAGUCUAUUGGAGCAAAAGACCGUUAGCGGCGGCGUUUCUUUCAUGACAUUUGAAAUUUUUAUGCAAAUAUCCUUUGAGAAGAUGAAAAACCUUAAACAGCUGACCGCCCGUCCGGUGGUGGACAGCCUCCGAGUAGAACUGGGCGCUCUGAGUGCUAUCCAACAGCUUCACCGUUCGCCUCUCAGCAGGCGGAUUUUGAUGCCCACUGAGGCGGUGAAGACUGUACAAAUACCAAAGGUGUCGCAGGCGUUCACGUACACAGGAUUUACUAAGCUUGACAACCACCAGGAAGAUAUUUGCCUCCGGGUCUACAAGAGGGUCAUAGACAACAUCAAUCCAAGUGUGACCCUAGUGCAGGGUCCUCCUGGCACUGGGAAAUCCAUACUUCUGUCGAAUCUCAGUCUGCAGUGUCUGUACGGAAAGGCCUCUGUAAUGCUGGACCGAAAGAUCUUAAUUUGUGCUCACUCAAACACGGCCGUGGAUCACUUGGUGAAAGCUUUGAGCAAUGCACUUUUUGCCAUGAGCCACGACCACUUUCAGCUAGUGCGGUUUGGGAUGAUUGAAAAAAUGAGUGAGAACUCCCGCCAGUUUUCGCUUUCUGAGCAUUUAAGAAAAGCCAGGAAUGAAAAGCUGAAGCGUUUAACUCCGGAAAACAUUGAAAUGCUGAAGAAGCAGCACAGCGACUUGAGUGCCGAGAUCCAGCAGCUAAAGCAGAACUCAAAUAUCAUGCCCACUUACCUUCAGCAGCAGUUGGAACAGAAACAGAAGCAGCUCCUGCUGAUCAGCCAACAACUGAAUCCGCCGCUGACGCCAAGGGAGGAGUACGACAUUUCCAAGACAUGUCUGAAGCGGGCCCAUAUCGUCUGCACGACGCUCUCCUCGUGCGUCAAGCUGGCCAACUACGUGGACUUCUUUGACAUCUGCAUCAUCGACGAGGCCACACAGUGCACGGAGCCCUGGACGCUUCUGCCCAUGAGAUUUGGCAUAAAACACCUUGUCCUGGUGGGAGACACCCAGCAGCUGCCGGCGGUGGUGCUGUCCAAGAAGGCCAUCGACUUCGGCCUGGGCAACUCCAUGUUCGACAGGAUCCAAAAGAGUCUGGUGAAGCAGCUGAACAUGGACCUGCCGGGCGGCAAUCAGCUUGUGCACACCAAACUGUUCAAGCUGAGCUUGCAGUACCGCAUGCACCCGGAGAUCUGCCGGUGGCCCAACAAGUACUUCUACGACGACCAACUGGUGAGUGCGGAUCUGACCUCAAAGCCCUCGACGCUCAUUCCCUACUGCGUGGUCAACCUGAGCUACACGCGGGACACUGGAAGCUCCAGUGCAAACAGGAGCAUAAGCAACGACGAGGAGGCUCGCUUCGUGGGUCAGUUGCUGACGGAGAUGGACAAGCACAUGCCCAGCCAGCGCUACAGCUACGGCCUGAUCUCGCCGUACAGCAGUCAGUGCUACGCCCUGAGCCAGGUGAUUCCACAGCACAUGAACCUGACGCCGCAGACUGUUGACUCUUACCAGGGAUUGGAGAAGGACGUGGUCAUCAUUUCAAAUGCACGCACUCGAGGAUGUGGAUUUCUCGCCAACUAUCAGCGACUCAAUGUGGCUCUAACAAGACCGAAGCGAUGCCUGGUUAUUUGUGGCAACUUUGAUGAUCUGCAGUCUGUUGACUUGUGGCGACAGUUGCUCGAUGAUGCCCGCCAACGGAAAGUUUACUUCGACUUGAAGCGCGACGACGUGGAUGAUCUGCAGAACUCCCUGAUGAAGAAACUCCUGGUGAAAUUCGUGCUUAACUUAAAUUCUUAAAUAAGGAAAUGUACAUUUGGAAUUGUCUUUCUUUUUGUAAUUACUAGAUUUAAGAGCAGACCACUUCAGGUGCCUUUUUGAACUCAGUUUGUUACCACUUUAGUUACAUUUAAACUUUAAUACAUAUGUAUGUACUUUUUUAUUUAUUUUAUAUGCCUUAAUAGUGAAUAAAAGACUUGAAGUUUGUUCAUUAAAA